AUGGGAGUCUGGAGAAAAUAUCCUAAUCCUCAAUCUGCGCACGUCGUUUCUGUCGACGUUUUGGACCGCACCGUCGACCCUUCAACAGGCAUUAUAUUAGGAGGCACAACAGACGCCUACGUACGCGAAGUUUCGCAUUUGGAUCCACGGACGGGGGAAACGCACGUUACCUCUGUCAAUCUCAGCCUCUCCCAGUACCUCACCGUCCUCGAGCACAUCUCGUACAAGCCAUGUCCGACUAUGCCCACCCAGCGGACCCUCUUUACGCAGACGGCCGAGAUUCAGGCCAGGAUUGCGGGUUGGAGACCACUCCAGGAACGUUUCGAGCUCUGGUCAUUGGAGACGUUUAACAAGAAUGCGCAAAAGGGUCGAGAAGGCUUUGAGCACGUCUUGAGCCUACUUCGGGAGAGCCGACGCCAAGGUCGGCUCGAGCAAUAG